AUGCCCCUGUGCGCCCCCGGGGCUCGGGGCCGCUGGGGGCUCUCGCUCUCCUCCUUACCUCCUCUCGCCCCCCUCGUCCUGGGGCUGCUCUGGGCGCUGCCAGGCCAGGCCGCGGGGAGCGCCAGCACGGAGCAGCGCCAGAUUUUCCAGGUGCUGGAGGAACAGCCUCCUGGCACUCUGGUGGGCACCAUCCAGACGCGGCCGGGUUUCACCUACCGGCUGAGCGAAAGCCACGCCUUGUUCGCCAUCAACUCCACCACCGGGGCCCUGCACACCACGGCGACCAUCGACCGCGAGAGCCUGCCGAGCGACGUGAUAAACUUGGUGGUCCUGUCCAGCGCUCCCACCUACCCCACCGAGGUGCGAGUGCUGGUGCGCGACCUGAAUGACAACGCGCCCGUCUUCCCCGAGCCCUCCAUCGUGGUCACCUUUAAGGAGGACAGCAGCAGCGGGCGCCAAGUUAUCUUGGACACAGCCACCGACGCGGAUAUCGGUUCCAACGGCGUGGACCACCGCUCCUACCGAAUCGUGGGCGGUAACGAAGCCGGGCGCUUCCGCCUCGACGUCACCCUCAAUCCGAGCGGCGAGGGAGCCUUCCUGCACCUAGUGUCCAGGGGUGGCUUGGACCGCGAGGCCACCGCCCACUACCAGCUGCUGGUGGAGGUGGAGGACAAGGGCGAGCCCAAGCGGCGGGGCUACCUCCAGGUGAACGUGACCGUGCAGGACAUCAACGACAACCCCCCCGCGUUCGGCAGCUCCCACUACCAGGCCGGGGUGCCCGAGGACGCGGUCGUGGGCUCCAGCGUCCUGCGAGUCUUCGCGGCCGAUGCCGACGAGGGCACCAACGCCGACAUCCGCUACCAGCUGCAGGAGGACGGGGGGCCCUUCCACAUGGAUGCCGAGACGGGGCUCAUUACGGUGCGGGAGCCCCUGGACUACGAGGCCCGGCGCCAGUACUCGCUCACCUUGCAGGCACACGACCGCGGCGUGCCCUCGCUCACUGGCCGGGCGGAGGCGCUCAUCCAGCUGCUGGACGUGAACGACAACGACCCCGUGGUCAAGUUCCGCUACUUCCCCGCCACGUCGCGCUUCGCCUCGGUGGACGAGAACGCGCAGGUGGGCACGGUGGUGGCCCUGCUCACGGUCACCGACGCCGACUCCCCUGCGGCCAACGGCAACAUCUCGGUGCAGAUCCUGGGCGGCAACGAGCAGCGCCACUUUGAGGUGCAGCGAAGCAAGGUGCCUAACCUGAGCCUCAUCAAGGUGGCCAGCGCCCUGGACCGAGAGCGCAUCCCCUCCUACAACCUGACGGUGUCGGUGUCGGACAACCACGGGGCGCCCCCCGGGGCUGUGGCCCGCUCCUCUGUGGCCAGCCUGGUGAUCUUUGUGAAUGAUAUCAACGACCACCCUCCUGUCUUCUCCCAGCUGGUCUAUCGGGUGAACCUGAGUGAAGAGGUGCCCCCUGGCAGCUAUGUGAGUGGGGUUUCUGCCACGGAUGGUGACUCCGGGCUCAAUGCCAACCUCCGCUACAGCAUCAUCUCCGGCAACGAGCUGGACUGGUUCCACAUCAGUGACCACAGCGGUCUGGUGACCACUGCUGCUGCUGGGGGUCUGGACAGAGAGCGAGCCUCCCAGGUGGUCUUGAACAUUAGUGCCAGGGACCAGGGUGUCCACCCCAAAGUAUCCUAUGCACAGCUGGUGGUUACUGUCCUGGACGUGAACGACGAAAAGCCGGCGUUCAGCCAGGAGGCAGGCUAUGAGGUGUCUGUGGCUGAGAAUGCCCCCGCAGGGACAGAUCUGUUAGUCAUAGAGGCAUCGGAUGGGGACCUAGGGGACAAUGGGACUGUCCGAUUCUCCUUACAGGAGUCUGAGACUGAACGGAGGUCCUUCCGUCUGGAUCCUGUGUCCGGAAGACUGAGCACCAUCUCGUCUUUGGACAGAGAAGAGCAGGCUUUGUACACCUUGCUGGUCCUGGCUGUAGAUCUCGGCUCUCCUCCCCAGUCUUCCCUGACCCGGGUCAAUGUGAGUCUCUUGGAUGUGAAUGAUAACAGCCCUGUGUUUUAUCCAGUCCAGUACUUUGCUCAUAUCCAGGAGAAUGAGCCAGCUGGCAGCUACAUCACCACUGUGUCUGCCAGUGACCCAGACUCAGGCCCCAAUGGGACUGUCAAAUACAGCAUAUCGGCUGGAGAUAUAUCUCGUUUCCAGAUCCAUAGCCACACUGGAGUGAUUUCCACAAGGAUGGUCUUGGACAGAGAGGAGAAGACAGCUUAUCAGCUGCAAGUCGUGGCUACAGAUGGGGGGCACCUGCAGUCCCCCAACCAGGCCAUCGUGACCAUCACUGUGCUGGACACUCAAGACAAUCCCCCUGUCUUCAGUCAGACGACCUAUAGCUUCGUGGUCUUUGAGAAUGUGGCCUUGGGAUACCAUGUGGGAAGUGUUUCUGCAUCUACCAUGGAUCUGAACACCAACAUCACUUAUGUGAUUACCACUGGAGACCAGAAAGGGGUCUUUGCAGUCAACCAGGUCACAGGGCACCUGACUACAGCCAGCAUCAUUGACCGGGAAGAGCAAUCCUUUUAUCAGCUGAAAGUGGUAGCCAGUGGGGGCAUGGUGACAGGAGAAACCAUAGUGAACAUCACAGUGAAGGACUUGAAUGACAAUGCCCCCCAUUUUCUUCAAGCAGUGGAAUGGGUGAAUGUGGUUGAGAACUGGCAGGCAGGGCAUAGUAUAUUUCAGGCCAAAGCCUUGGACCCUGACGAAGGGGUCAACGGCAUGGUACUCUACAGCCUGAAACAGAAUCCCAAGAACCUGUUCGCCAUCGAUGAAAAAAACGGCAACAUCAGUUUGCUCCGGCCUUUGGACGUGCAUGCUGGCUCCUACCAGGUAGAGAUCCUGGCGUCAGAUAGGGGGGUCCCACAGCUCUCCUCCAGCUUCAUUUUAACUGUCUCUGUCCAUGAUGUCAAUGACAAUCCUCCAGUAUUUGACCAGCUAUCCUAUGAGGUGACCCUUUCCGAGUCACAGCCUGUGAACUCCCUGUUCUUCAAGGUGCAAGCUUCUGACCGGGACUCAGGAGCCAACGGUGAAAUUGCCUACAGCAUAGCAGAAGGAAACACGGGGAAUGCAUUUGGCAUUUUCCCUGAUGGUCAGCUGUAUGUAAAAAGUGAGCUGGACCGAGAGCUUCAAGAUCGGUAUGUCUUACUGGUGGUUGCUUCUGACCGAGCGGUGGAGCCUCUAAGUGCUACUGUGAAUGUGACUGUAAUUUUGGAAGAUGUAAAUGACAACAGGCCACUGUUUAACAGCACUAAUUAUGUAUUUUACUUUGAAGAGGAGCAGAAGGGUGGGUCAUUUGUGGGGACGAUAAAUGCUAUUGACAAAGACUUUGGGCCAAACGGUGAGGUGAGGUAUUCAUUUGAAACCAUGCAGCCUGAUUUUGAAUUGAAUGCCAUCAGUGGGGAGAUCUCCAGCACUCACCAGUUUGACAGGGAGUCCCUCAUGAGGCAGAGAGGAGCUGCCGUUUUUAGCUUCACAGUGACAGCAUCUGAUCAAGGCCUCCCCAAGCCUCUCAAGGAUCAGGCAACAGUACAGGUGUACAUGAAGGAUAUCAAUGACAAUGCUCCAAAAUUUCUGAAAGACUUUUACCAAGCUACCGUAUCAGAACUGGCUCCCAACCUGACCCAAGUUUUACGUGUCUCUGCCUCUGACGUGGAUGAAGGCAGCAAUGGACUGAUUUACUAUUCCGUGGUCAAGGGAAAUGAAGAGAAGAUGUUUGCAAUAGAUAGUGCCACUGGCCAGGUGACACUGGCCGGUCAAUUGGACCAUGAAGCCACAGCUUCUUACUCCCUUCUAAUUCAAGCAGUGGAUUCUGGGACAGUUUCCCUUAAUUCCACUUGCACCUUAAGCAUUGAUAUCUUGGAUGAAAAUGACAACACACCUUCUUUUCCCAAGUCUACCCUGUUUGUGGAUGUUCUGGAAAACAUGAGGAUUGGUGAGCUUGUAACCUCUGUCACAGCCACAGAUUCGGAUUCAGGGGACAAUGCUGAUGUUCAUUAUAGCAUCACUGGGACUAAUAACCAUGGCACCUUCAGCAUCAGUCCAAACACGGGGGGUAUUUUUCUUGCCAGAAAAUUGGACUUUGAAACACAGCCUUUGUACAAGUUGAACAUCACAGCAAAAGAUCAAGGGAGACCCCCUCGAUCAUCCACAAUGUCAGUGAUUAUCCAUGUACGGGAUUUCAAUGACAAUCCUCCUACCUUCCCUCCUGGGGACAUUUUUAAAUCGAUUACUGAGAACCUUCCUAUUGGCAGCUCUGUUAUUUCUGUGACUGCUCAUGACCCUGAUGCUGAUAUUAAUGGGCAACUAACCUAUGCCAUCAUUCAGCAGUUGCCAAGAGGUAAUCAUUUUGGCAUAGAUGAAGUCAAAGGGACCAUAUACACCAAUGCUGAAAUUGACCGGGAAUUUGCUAACCUCUUUGAAUUAACUGUAAAAGCUAGUGAUCAGGCUGUGCCCAUAGAAACUCGGCGAUUUGCUUUGAAAAACGUGACUAUUUUGGUCACAGAUCUUAAUGACAACGUCCCUAUGUUUAUAUCACAAAAUGCCCUGGCAGCAGACCCUUCAGUGGUGAUUGGCUCCAUCCUUACCACAAUUGUUGCUGCUGACCCAGAUGAAGGGGCCAAUGGAGAAGUGGAGUAUGAGAUAAUCAAUGGUGACACAGAGACCUUUAUGGUGGAUCGGUACAGUGGAGACCUAAGGGUGUCCUCGGCUCUGGUGCCUUCUCAGCUGAUCUACAGUCUGAUCAUUUCAGCCACAGAUCUUGGUCCUGAGAGAAGGAAGUCAACCACUGAAAUGACAAUCAUUCUUCAGGGCCUCGAUGGGCCUGUUUUUACUCAACCUAAAUAUAUAACUAUUUUAAAGGAAGGGGAGCCCAUUGGUACCAAUGUCAUCUCCAUUGAAGCAGCCAGCCCUAGAGGAGCCGAAGCCCCAGUGGAGUAUUAUAUAGUUGCAGUGCGAUGUCAGGAAAAAGCUGCUGGACGCCUCUUUACAAUUGGACGUCACACAGGCAUCAUCCAGACUGCUGCCAUCCUUGACCGAGAGCAAGGAGCACACCUCUACUUGGUGGAUGUCUAUGCCAUUGAAAAGUCAACCGUCUUCCCUAGAACCCAGAGAGCUGAGGUAGAAAUAACACUCCAGGAUAUCAACGACAAUCCCCCAGUAUUUCCAACAGAUACACUCGAUCUGACAGUAGAAGAGAAUAUUGGAGACGGCUCCAGGAUAAUGCAGCUGACCGCCAUGGAUGCUGAUGAGGGUGCCAAUGCUCUUGUCACCUAUGCAAUCAUUAGUGGUGCAGAUGACAGCUUCCAUAUUGACCCAGAGUCAGGAGAACUGAUUGCCACCAAGCGCUUGGACAGAGAACGCCGUUCCAAGUACUCUUUAUUGGUUCGAGCAGAUGAUGGCCUGCAGUCUUCAGAUAUGAGGAUAAACAUCACCAUUAGUGAUGUGAACGACCAUAUACCCAAGUUCUCCAGACCCGUGUACUCUUUUGACAUUCCAGAAGAUACCACACCUGGCUCUCUAGUGGCUGCCAUUCUAGCUACGGAUGAUGAUUCUGGUGUGAAUGGAGAAAUUACAUACACUGUGAGUGAAGAUGAUGAAGAUGGGAUAUUUUUCCUUAAUCCAGUCACUGGAGUCUUUAAUUUGACUCGAAGCUUAGACUAUGAAACACGGCAGUACUAUAUCCUCACUGCCCGUGCAGAAGAUGGUGGAGGACAAUUCAUGACCAUCCGUGUUUAUUUUAAUAUUCUUGAUGUGAAUGACAAUCCACCAGUGUUCAGUUUGACUUCAUAUAGCACAUCUUUAAUGGAGAAUCUACCUCUAGGAUCCACAAUUCUUGUAUUUAAUGUUACUGAUGCUGAUGAUGGGCUCAACUCCCAGUUGUCUUACAGCAUUACCUCAGGGGACAGCCUUGGUCAGUUUACUAUCGACAAGAAUGGUAUUCUAAAAAUCAGGCAGACUUUGGACCGUGAAAGUCAGUCCUUCUACAACCUGGUUAUUCAGGUCCAUGAUAUGCCCCUCCCUCCAGCCUCUAGCUAUACCAGCACUGCUCAAGUGUCUAUCAUUCUAUUGGAUGUCAAUGAUAAUGCCCCAACUUUUAUUUCCCCCAAACUGACCUACGUUCCAGAAAACACCCCCACUGAUACUGUCGUAUUCAAAGCUCAAGCAACUGACCGAGACAGUGGCCCUAACAGCUAUAUUGAAUACACUCUACUGAACCCUUUGGGAAACAAAUUCAGUAUUGGGACCAUUGAUGGAGAAGUGAGACUCACUGGGGAGCUAGACAGGGAAGAGGUGUCCAACUAUACUCUCACUGUAGUAGCAACUGACAAAGGUCAACCACCUCUCUCUUCAUCUACGGAAGUGGCAGUCAUCAUCCUUGAUAUCAAUGACAACAAUCCUGUUUUUGCACAGGCCCUUUAUAAAGUGGAAAUUAAUGAAAACAUUUUGACUGGGACUGACAUAGUACAAGUCUAUGCUGCUGAUGGAGAUGAAGGGACUAAUGGACAGGUUCGCUAUUCCCUCCUCAGUGGAAAUGAAAACCAGGAGUUUAGAAUUGACUCUGUGACAGGCAUCCUCUCUGUAGCUAAGCCUUUGGAUCGAGAGAAGAAACCGACGUACUCGUUAACUGUUCAGUCAGCAGAUCGGGGCAGCAGCCCCAGGACGGACACCACCACAGUGGACAUUAUUCUCUUAGAUAUCAAUGAUUUUGUCCCUGUAUUUGAGCUGUCACCAUAUUCCAUCAAUGUGCCCGAGAAUCUAGGAAUGCUGCCAAAGACAAUUCUUCAGGUUGUAGCUAGAGAUGAUGACCAAGGCUCCAACAGCAAACUGACAUACAUGCUUAUUGGUGGGAAUGAAGAUAAUGCCUUCAUUCUCUCAGCCAGCGGGGAACUCAAAGUCAUACAGAGCCUGGAUAGAGAAACGAAGGAGAAAUGUGUCUUGUUGAUUACAGCGACUGAUUCAGGGUCUCCUGCCCUCACUGGCACAGGCACUGUGAAUGUCAUGGUCGAUGAUGUCAAUGACAAUGUCCCUACCUUUGCCCACAAGAUGUACUCUGCCACCAUUUCAGAAGAUGCCCCAACUGGGUCAGAUGUGCUGCUUGUGAAUGCCUCAGAUACGGAUGCUUUGACAAAUGCGGUCAUCAGCUAUAGACUCAUUGGAGGAAAUUCCCAAUUCACAAUCAAUCCAUCUACAGGACAGAUCAUCACCAGUGCCCUAUUGGACAGAGAGACAAAAGAAAACUAUACGUUGAUAGUAGUGUCCAGUGAUGGUGGAUUCCCAGAACCCCUUUCCAGUUCCACCAGUGUCUCUGUCACCGUGACAGAUGUCAAUGAUAACCCACCAAGAUUCCAACAUCAUCCCUAUGUCACUCACAUCCCAUCACCUACUCCUUCAGGUUCAUUUGUCUUUUCCGUCACUGUCACCGAUCCUGACACUGGGCCCAAUUCUGAACUCCAUUAUUCCCUUACUGGAAGAAACUCUGAAAGAUUCCACAUCGAUCCCUUGCGUGGUGCAAUUAUGGCAGCUGAACUCCUAAAUACAGCCUCAGAAAUGACAUUUUUUGUACAUGUGAAAGAUGGUGGUUUAUCUCCAAAGAUGGACUCAACAACGGUGACUGUCCGUUUUGGGAAUAAGGGUGAUUUCCCCCAGAUUCGAGCUAAACAACAAACGUUUCUGUUCCCUGAAAGUCAACCAGUUGGCACUCUCAUUACCACCAUUACUGGGUCUUCCUCUAGAGGGGAACCUUUGUCCUAUUUUAUUGCAAGUGGCAAUCUUGGAAGUGCAUUCCACAUUGACCAACUGACUGGACAAGUCUCCAUCAGUCAACAGCUGGACUUUGAAACAGUGCAGAAAUAUGUGGUGUGGAUAGAGGCCAGGGAUGCAGGCUUCCCUCCUUUCUCAUCAUAUGAGAAACUAGCUAUAGCAGUUCUAGAUGUCAAUGACAACUCACCAGUGUUCAAGGAUGACCCAUUUGUGGCAGAAAUAUUGGAAAAUCUUUCCCCUCGCACAGUACUUACUGUCUCUGCGAUAGAUAAAGACAGCGGACCCAAUGGACAGUUAGAGUACAGCAUAGUCAAUGGUAAUACCGAAAAUAGCUUCCAUAUCCAUCACAGCACUGGUGAAAUUAGAAGUAUCAGGUCUUUGGAUAGGGAAAAAGUGUCCCAGUAUGUACUCACAGUGAGAUGUUCAGACAAAGGCACUCCUUCUCAGAGCACCACAGUGACGGUCAUCAUCAAUGUCUUGGAUGAAAAUGAUAAUGCCCCAAAAUUCUCCCAAAUCUUUACUGCCCCUGUACCUGAAAAUGCCCCCCUUGGUUAUACAGUGACUCGAGUCACGACUUCAGAUGAAGACAUUGGUGUGAAUGCUGUUAGCAGAUACUCUAUAAUAGAUACGAGUCUUCCUUUUACCAUCAACCCUAGCACAGGAGACAUCAUCAUCAGUCGGCCUCUCAACCGGGAAGAUACUGAUCGUUACAGGAUCAGAGUUUCUGCACAUGACUCUGGAUGGACGGUCAGCACAGAUGUCGCUAUCUUUGUGACAGAUGUCAAUGAUAAUGCCCCACGAUUCAAGAAGCCAUCCUACUACCUGGACUGUCCUGAGCUCACUGAAAUUGGUGCCAAAGUGGCUCAGGUCUCUGCAACGGAUCCUGACGAAGGGUCCAAUGGCCAGGUUUUCUAUUUCAUUAAAUCUCAAUCUGAAUUUUUUAGGAUUAAUGCCACCACAGGAGAAAUUUUUAAUAAGCAGUCCUUAAAAUAUCGAAAUGUCACGGGUUCCAGUAAUAUAAAUAUAAAUAGACAUAGUUUUAUUGUGACUUCUUCAGACAGAGGAAGUCCUUCUUUGCUAAGUGAGACAACUGUUACCAUUAAUAUCGUGGACAGUAACGAUAAUGCCCCUCAGUUUCUUAAUAGUAAAUAUUUCACUCCUGUUACCAAAAAUGUAAGAGUUGGUACAAAGCUUAUCAAAGUCACUGCCAUAGAUGAUAAAGAUUUUGGGGUAAAUUCUGAAGUUGAAUACUUCAUUUCAAAUGAAAGCCCUGUGGAGAAAUUCAAGUUGGAUAGCACCACGGGGUGGGUUUCUGUUGCCUCUUCUCUGAUGUCUGAUUUAAACCAAAACUUUUUGAUGACAGUCACUGCCAGGGACAAAGGAAACCCUCCACUUUCAUCUCAAGCCACAGUUCAAAUUGUUGUUACCGAGGAAAACUAUCACAGCCCAGAGUUCUCUCAAAACCACAUGAGCUCAACAGUCCCUGAGAGCCAGAGUGUUGGUUCCAUUAUCAGAACUGUGUCUGCUCGUGAUCGAGAUGCGGCAAUGAAUGGCCUAAUCACUUAUCAUAUUUCUUCAGGAAACGAAAAUGGACUUUUUGCAAUUAAUGCUUCAACAGGUGCAUUAACCCUAGCCAAACCCCUAGACUAUGAGCUGCACCAGAAACAUGAAAUGACAAUUAGUGCUACAGAUGGAGGAUGGAUGGCACGGACCAGCUAUUGCAGCAUCAUUAUUAAUGUCCUUGAUGUGAAUGACAACUCUCCCGUAUUCAUCCCAGAGGAGUAUUCUCCCACCGUGUUGGAAAAUGCCCCCAGUGGAACAACAGUCAUGCGCCUCAAUGCAACAGAUGCUGAUUCUGGCAGUAAUGCUGUGAUUGCAUAUUCUUUGCAGUCUUCAGAUAGUGACCUCUUUGUCAUUGACCCCAACUCUGGAAUCAUUACUACUCAAGGAUUCUUGGAUUAUGAAACCAAGCAGAGUUACCAUCUUACAAUCAAGGCCUUCAAUGUCCCUGAUGAAGAGAGGUACAGCUUUGCUACUGUGAACAUCCAGUUGAAAGGAACCAAUGAGUACGUACCACGCUUUGUUUCCAAACUUUAUUAUUUUGAAAUCUCUGAGGCAGCAUCCAAAGGAACUAUCGUUGGAGAAGUGUUUGCUAGUGAUCGUGACAUGGGAGCUGAUGGGGAGGUCCACUACCUGAUUUUUGGUACUAGCAGAAAGAAAGGUUUCCAGAUUAAUUCAAGAACUGGGCAGAUUUAUGUUUCUGGAAUUCUUGAUCGAGAAAAAGAAGAGAGGAUUUCUUUGAAAGUCCUGGCCAAAAAUUCUGGGAGUAUCCGUGGUGCAGAUGUAGAUGAAGUGACUGUGAAUAUCACCAUACUCGAUGCCAAUGACCCGCCCGUUUUUAGCCUGGAGAUCUAUAAUGUACAGAUCAGUGAAGGUGUGCCUAUAGGAACACAUGUGACCUUUGUAAGUGCCUUCGACUCAGACUCUGUGCCCAGCUGGAGCAGGUUUUCCUAUUUUAUUGGUUCAGGGAAUGAAAAUGGUGCCUUUUCCAUUAAUCCCCAGACAGGACAGAUUACUGUGACUGCCGAGCUUGAUCGAGAAACCCUUCCUGUCUAUAACCUGACUGUCUUAGCUGUGGACCUGGGAACCCCCUCAGCUACAGGAAGUGCCUCCUUAUUGGUAACCCUGGAAGAUAUCAAUGACAAUGGACCCACCUUAUCCAUCAGGGAAGGUGAGGUCAUGGAAAACAAGCGUGCAGGAACUCUGGUGAUGACCCUUCAGUCCACAGACCCUGAUCUCCCUCCAAAUCAAGGUCCCUUUACAUAUUAUUUGCUAAGCACAGGGCCAGCCACCAGCUAUUUUAGUCUCAGCACUUCAGGAGUUCUGACUACAACCAGGGAGAUUGACAGAGAACAAAUUGGUGACUUCUAUCUAUCAGUGAUUACCAGAGACUCUGGCAUUCCUCAGAUGUCUUCCACAGGCACUGUCCAUAUCCGAGUCAUGGACCAGAAUGACAAUCCAUCUGAACCUAGAACAGUUGAGAUCUUUGUUCAUUAUUUCAGUAACUUGUUCCCGGGUGGGAUUUUAGGCAGUGUGAAGCCUCAAGAUCCAGAUGUGCUGGAUAGUUUUCAUUGUUCCCUGACUUCUGGAGUAACGAGUCUCUUUAGCAUUCCCAGCGGCACUUGUGACCUGAAUUCCCAAGCCAGGUCCACAGAUGGCACCUUUGACCUGACCGUCCUAAGUAAUGAUGGAUUGCACAGUGCAGUCAGCAGUAAUAUCCGAGUCUUCUUUGCUGGGUUUACCAACGCUACUGUGGAUAACAGUAUCCUCCUCCGCCUCAAUGUGGCAACAGUGAGGGAUUUUCUGACCAAUCACUACCUCCAUUUCCUACGCAUUGCCAGUUCCCAGCUGACAGGUCUUGGGACUGCUGUGCAGCUGUAUGGAGCCUAUGAGGAGAACAAUAGGACCUUCCUGCUGGCCGCUGUGAAGAGAAAUAUCAACCAGUAUGUGAAUCCAAGUGGUGUGGCCACCUUCUUUGAGAGCAUCAAGGACAUCCUUCUCCGGCAAAGUGGGGUCAGGGUAGAGUCUGUCGACCACGAUCCAUGUGUCCAUGGUCCUUGUCAGAAUGGAGGGAGCUGUCUAAGGAGGCUGGCAGUGAGUCCUACCAUGAAGAGUCACGAAAGUCUCCCAGUCAUCAUUGUGACCAAUGAGCCUCUCCAGCCUUUCUUUUGUAAGUGUCUGCCAGGAUACGCUGGCAGCUGGUGUGAGACGGACAUUGAUGAAUGCCUGCCAUCCCCCUGUCACAAUGGUGGCACCUGCCACAAUCUGGUGGGAGGCUUCUCUUGCAGUUGCCCAGAAGGAUUCACUGGACGGGCCUGUGAGCGAGAUAUCAAUGAAUGCCUACCCAACCCAUGCAAGAAUGGGGCCAUCUGCCAGAACUUCCCUGGGAGCUUCAACUGUGUCUGCAAAGCUGGAUUUACAGGGAAAAUGUGUGAAUCUUCUGUAAAUUAUUGUGAAUGCAACCCUUGCUUUAAUGGGGGGUCCUGCCAGAGUGGAGUGGAAUCCUACUACUGCCAUUGUCCAUUUGGAGUCUUUGGAAAACACUGUGAAUUGAAUAGCUAUGGAUUUGAGGAAUUGUCAUACAUGGAAUUUCCCAGCUUGGACCCCAACAACAAUUACAUAUAUGUCAAGUUUGCAACCAUCAAAAGCCAUGCCUUGCUGUUGUAUAACUAUGACAACCAGACGGGUGAACGGGCUGAGUUCUUGGCCCUGGAAAUAGCAGAAGAGCGACUGAGGUUCUCCUAUAACAUUGGCAGCGGCACAUAUAAACUAACCACAAUGAAAAAGGUGUCCGAUGGACAUUUCCAUACUGUCAUCGCCCGGAGAGCUGGCAUGGCAGCAUCCCUAACUGUGGAUUCCUGCUCUGAAGACCAAGAACCAGGCUACUGUACCGUCAGUACUAUGGCUGUCUCAGAUGACUGGACUCUUGACGUACAGCCAAACAGAGUUACAGUUGGUGGCAUCAGGUCCCUGGAGCCAGUGCUUCAAAGGAGAGGACAAGUGGAAAGCUAUGAUUUCGUUGGUUGCAUAAUGGAGUUUGCCAUUAAUGGACGCCCCCUGGAACCCAGUCAAGCAUUGGCAGCUCAUGGGAUCCUCGAUCGGUGCCCUAGACUGGAAGGAGCUUGUGCCAACAGCCCAUGCCAACAUGGAGGCGCAUGCACAGACCACUGGUCAUGGCAACAGUGCCAAUGCAAAGAAGGAUUGACCGGGAAAUACUGUGAGAAAUCAAUGACUCCUGACACGGCAUUGUCUCUAGAGGGCAAAGGACGACUGGACUACCAUAUGAGCCAGAGUCGAAAGUGGGACUAUUUGUUAAGACAGAGCGUCCGAGGGGACAUGCUGGAGCCUUUCGGGGUCAAUAGUCUCGAAGUGAAAUUUAGAACGAGAAGUGAAAAUGGGAUUUUAAUUCAUAUCCAGGAGAGUAGCAAUUACACUACUGUGAAGAUAAAGAGUGGCAAAAUCCAUUAUACGUCUGAUGCUGGAGUUUCUGGGAAAGUUGAGAGGCAUAUCCCUGAGGUUUACGUUGCUGAUGGCCACUGGCAUUCUCUCCUGAUGGGAAAAAAUGGAUCUUCCACCAUUUUGUCGAUAGACAGAAUGUAUAAUCGGGAUAUCUUGCAUCCCACUCAGGAUUUCGGUGGAAUUGAUGUGCUUACCAUUUCUCUUGGUGGAAUCCCACCCAAUCAUGCCCCUCGGAACACUGAUACAGCAGGUUUCGAUGGCUGCAUAGCCUCUGUGAUUUAUGGCACUGAGAGCCUUCCAUUUGGUGGGAAGCACAGCUUGGCGACUAUAUCCAAGACAGAUCCAUCCGUGAAGCUGGGCUGCCGAGGUCCCAAUAUCUGUGCCAGCAAUCCCUGUUGGGGGGAUCUACUGUGCAUCAACCAGUGGUUUGCCUACAAGUGUGUUCCUCCUGGAGACUGUGCCUCCCAACCUUGCCAAAAUGGCGGCAGUUGUGAACCAGUAUUAUACUCUGGAUUCACCUGUAGCUGCCCAGAGUCACACACUGGCAGGACUUGUGAGACAGUGGUGGCCUGCCUUGGCGUCCAGUGUCCCCAGGGAAGCAUAUGCAAGGCUGGCAGUGCUGGAGGCCAUGUUUGUAUCUUGACCAAGGUCCCAGAGGAGAUCUCUCUGCCACUGUGGGCUGUCCCUGCCAUUGUGGGCAGCUGUGCCACACUUCUCGUUCUGCUGGUCUUAAGCCUGAUUCUGUGCAAUCAGUGCAGAGGUAAGAAGGCCAAAGCACCGAAGGAAGAGAAGAAGAUCAAGGAGAAGAAGAAAAAAGGAAGUGAGAACGUGGCUUUCGAUGACCCUGACAACAUCCCUCCAUAUGGUGAUGACAUGACAGUCAGGAAGCAACCGGAAGGAAACCCCAAGCCUGACAUCAUUGAAAGAGAAAACCCCUACCUGAUCUAUGAUGAGACAGACCUUCCUCCCAAUACCGAAACCAUCCCCAGCGCUCCCUUGGCUUCCCCCGAGCAGGAGAUCGAACAUUAUGACAUCGACAAUGCCAGCAGCAUCGCCCCUUCAGAUGCUGACAUCAUUCAGCAUUACAAGCAGUUCCGCAGCCACACCCCCAAGUUCUCCAUCCAGAGACACAGCCCGCUGGGCUUCGCGAGGCAAUCUCCCAUGCCCUUGGGUGCGAGCAGUUUGACUUACCAGCCUUCGUAUAGCCAGGGUCUGAGAAGCAGUUCCUUGAGCCACUCUGCUUGCCCCACUCCCAAUCCCCUUUCUCGUCACAGCCCAGCUCCCUUUUCUAAAUCUUCAACAUUCUACAGAAACAGUCCUGCCAGAGAACUGCACCUUUCCAUAAGGGAAGGGGGCCCCUUGGAGAUGCACGGUGACGUGUGCCAGCCCGGUAUUUUCAACUACGCCACCAGGCUAGGGAGGAGAAGCAAGAGUCCCCAGACCAUGGCAGCCCAUGGCUCGAGGCCGGGGAGCCGCCUAAAGCAGCCAAUUGGCCAGAUGCCUCUGGAAUCUACACCUCCAGUAGGACUGUCAAUAGAGGAGGUUGAAAGACUAAACACUCCUCGCCCUAGAAAUCCAAGCAUCUGCAGUGCAGACCAUGGCAGAUCUUCUUCAGAGGAGGAUUGCCGGAGGCCACUGUCCAGAACAAGAAACCCAGCCGAUGGCAUUCCGGCUCCGGAAUCCUCAUCCGACAGUGACUCUCAUGAGUCCUUCACUUGCUCUGAGAUGGAAUAUGACAGGGAAAAACCCAUGGGCUACACCUCUCGAGUGCCCAAAUUAUCUCAAGUCAAUGAAUCCGAUGCAGAUGAUGAAGAUAAUUAUGGGGCUAGAUUGAAGACUCGAAGGUACCCUGGCCGCCGGGCUGAGGGGGGGUCCAUGGGCACACAGACAGCAGCAGCAGCAGCCAAUGUUGCUGAGAGCACAUUGCCCCUGAAACUUGGGCAGCAAGCAGGAAAUUUCAACUGGGACAACCUGUUAAACUGGGGCCCUGGUUUUGGGCAUUAUGUAGAUGUUUUUAAAGACUUGGCAUCUCUCCCGGAAAAAACAACAGCCAGUGAAGAAGGCACUGGUCGGACCAGUAAGCCUGCCUCCAAAGAUGCGGAAGCAGAGCGAUAUGUGUAGACUUUAUGUACUGGCAGGAAAAAACAAUGCGACACCAGAUGCGAUCAAACCAUUCCGCGCUUACAGAUGGCCAGUGUUUCAACAACAGGCCAUGGUCAACUUUCGGUUAAGGGAGACCUUAGAAAAUAAAUAAAUAACCAUUAUGCUGCUGAAACAGAUUUAAUUUGUUUUAAUUGAAUGAUGAAUUGGUUUCUCCUGCAUUUUAGAACUAGACAUUCAGCAUGCAGAAUUUGAAGAGGGUUUCAUUCCUAUUGACCACUGUUGGGUUGGUGAUGUUAAAAUUAAUCCUGUUCUGGUAAUGAAUUUGUGUUUCAACAGUGGAGUGUUUGUGUUGUUUCCAUUUUAAUAACUUCAUUUUUUCUGCAUCGCCAGAACAUUGGGGAUUUGAUUUCCUCUUUGAAACAUGGAAAAGAGUUCUCCGAUGCCUGAAUGAAGGAAUAAAUAGUGUUAAUCACCCUUUAAAAGUCCAGUUUCUGUAACUCAUGUUUGCAUAGUUAAAGAGCAAUACGUUGGAUGGUUUGCAUGCAGUAGGGUCAUGAAUCUUCUCCAUGGAAGUGGUGCUAGAAGCAACUUAUUCUUUCUGGUCAGCACUUUAGGAUUGGGUGAGGAAAUUGUCUCAAGACUUCCAAGUUCUGUUGCUAACUGUUGUGGGUACUUAUUCCAUCCCUCCUUUCCCUGAGACGUCUUAUACCCAGAAGAGCUUGGGUAGAAGUCACCCCUGAGUACUGCCAUCUAUCUCCGUGACUGGGGAGCACUGUUCUCAACAGUACAGCAUUUUCAGAUGAUCAUUUUUUUCAAAGAUUAUUUAUUGUAAAAAAGAAAAAAAAAAGUGCUGCAUUCUUGACUUUUUUUUUUUUAAGAAUUGAUAUAAAGGGAGCCUCCUAGUGGACUCGCAUUUUCAAAUACCCUGUGUUUGUAGAAUUUAUUAAAGUAGAAAUCCGACAAAAAAAAAAAGCUGUUUUUUUUUUCCCCUUCCAUUUGGAAAUCCUUUGUACUGUGUAAAAAAAACUUUUUUUUUUUACACUUAAG